AUGGAUCAAAGAAUUUUUGCUAGAUAUAAAGCAAGUGAGCUUAAAAAUGAUUUACAAGGCUUUGAUGUUAAGAAAUCCAAAAAUAGCGCUUUGAAGAGAAAAAAUGCUCUGAAAAAGAUAAUUGCUAAUUUAACUUUAGGUAACUAUAAUGAGAUGGUUCAUAUGUUUCCUGAUAUAAUUAAUUAUUGGAAGAUAGAAGAUGAUAUGGAAGUUAGAGAGAUAUGCCAUGAAUAUAUUAGAUGCCUAGGCCCACUAAAACCUAAAAGUGCCAAAGAAGCCCUACCCUUGAUUUUAAAAGAUUUAAAUAGCAAAAAUGAAAAACUACAGCUCCAAGCAUUAAAUACACUGAUAUCUGUACCAACUUCUGAAUUUUAUAAUGAAGUUUUUCAAUUCACCAGCGAUGCUAUCAAUCGUAAAUCACAAUCAUCAAACGUAACUAAAACAGCUAUAUUUUCCUUGAUUCAAUUGGAUGAUAUCGAACAUAACCAAAUAUUCCCAUUUUUAGAGCGUUUGCUAGAUAUAUUGGAUAAUCCUAAUAGUAGACCGGCAGUUCAAGCGGCUUGUUUAAAGACUUUGUACACAAUACAUGAAAAGAAUAAUGAUAUGCAAUUUUUAUGUUUAAAAUCUAAUAUAGUAUUUAAUAUACUUUCCAUCUUAUCUAAAUUAAAUGAAUGGGAUACAGUAUAUGCUUUAGAGCACUUACCAAUAUCAGCAGUUCCACAAACGCAUAGCGAGGCAUUAAAAAUGAUUGAAAUGACUUUACCUCAGCUGCAACACGUAAAUUCAUCUGUUGCAUUGAAUGCAAUGAAAUUUAUUGCAUAUCUCUUAAAUUAUGUUGAUCACAUUAAUGAAAGUAUUGUGCAUAAAUGCUCAAAUUCUGUUAUAUCAUUGUUAGACAAACCACCUGAAUUACAAUUCUUAGUUCUUCGUAAUGUAAUUCUUUUACUAUUAAGUCGAGAAGAUUCGUUGUUACACAUCGAUGUUGCAUACUUCUUCAUUGAUUACCAUGAUCCGAUUUACAUUAAAGAUACAAAACUCGAAUGUCUAUACUUAUUAGCAAAUAAAGACAAUCUUCCAAUUAUUUUAAACGAACUUUCUCAAUAUGCAACAGAUAUUGAUACACAAAUGUCAAGGAAAACUAUUAGAGCUAUUGGAAACUUAGCUGUAAAACUAGGGGAUGACUCAGUCGAUGAUUCCGUUGAUAUUUUAUUAAAUUUACUAGAAUUUGGAGUAGAUUAUGUUGUAGAAGAAAUUAUAUCUGUAUUCAGAAAUAUUCUAAGGAAAUAUCCAGAAAGAUUUACCGAUGUGAUCCCUAACUUGAUUCAUUAUUCUAAUUCAGUUCAAGAAGCAGAAUCAAAAAAUGCCAUGAUUUGGAUAAUUACAAGGUACUAUAACUUAUUACCCAAUUAUCUGGAUAAUUUUUCUGUUUUUUCAUCAAAAAUCAAGGAUGAAUCUCUUGAUGUUCAAUUCUCUAUAUUGAAUUCUAGUGUCAAGUUUUUUGUAAGAUCCCCCUCAAAAGAAACAGAGAAGAUUUGUAUUGGAAUUUUAACUAUAUGUACAGAAGAAAUUAACAAUGCCGAUCUAAGAAGUCGAGCUUUCAUGUACUGGAGAUUGCUCUCAAUGGUACAGAAUGAUAAUUCGGUUUCCAAUGAAACCGUGAAAGAAAUUGUGGAUGGGGAGUUACCCUUGAUUGAAUUAGAUACGAAACUCGAUUCCCAAAUUUUAGAAGAAUUAGAAUUAGAUAUUGGAUCAAUAUCCUCAAUUUAUUUGAAACCCGUCUCUCAAAUAUUUAGAUUAAAUAAGUCCAAAUAUUUACCAAAAAGCCCUGCUCUUAAUGCUUCUAGAAGACAACUGGAAGUUAUAGAAGAUUCUUCAAGUACUUAUAAUCAUGAACGAUUCACACCGAAUAGGUCUUUCUCAGACAUUAAUAGAGACAGUUCUUCGAGCCCUGUAAGGCAAUCAAGCGUCCAGAACUACAACAGUCCUGCUGAGACUGUCAAUCACUUAAGAGGCAAAAUGAAAUUAAGUUCAAGGAGUCCUUCCAAAUUGUCGAGAAAUCCAAGUAAAUUAAUAAGAAGGCUAUCCGUAAGAACAGGUCUUGGGAAAAACAAAUAA